AUGGUGCACAAAGCAUUGUCAGGUUGCGUGAUAGUGACUGCCGGCACUGGCGAGAAGGACUGGAACAACAAGCAGCUCAAAGACUGGAUCGAUAACGCUUCUGGCACAUUCGAGCGCACGAUCACUGAUGAAACCACUCACUUGGUUGUCACUGAGAAUCUGUGGGCAGCAGCCGGCCCGCUGGUAGAAGACGUGAUUGCACGCAAGAAGAACGGUCAGAAUAUCAAAGUCGUUUCGCAAAAGUGGCUCGAAGAUAGCCUGCUGGCGAAGUCUAAACUGAAGGAGAAACCUCACGAGUUUGCCGUCCCCGGCUCGGCCGACCGCGAGGGUGGACCUGGCGAUAUUCGAUCGCAUACUGGGUUGAUCAAGGAACUGUAUCUGGAGAACACCGAACUCUCCGCAGCCCAAGAGAAGAUGAACCUCAAGCAGCAGCAGAUGGAAAAUGACUUGGCCAAAGAGCAAUUGGCGGAAAGUGAGCGAGAACUCUCGAAACACAUCAAGGCGAGCAUGAGCGUCCCAGAACAAGCUGCGAUAUUCAAGAAGGGCGCGCAGAAGGCGAGGGCCCUUCUCGCGAGUAAGCGCAACCAUCACAUCUACCAAGACCCCACGGGAUUCCACUUCGAUACGACUCUGACCAAGGUCGACACCAAGAAUAACACGAACGAGCGAUACAAUCUUACCAUCUUCGAGUCCAACGCCACGCCUCACACCUACGCCUUCACCACCUCCUUCUCUGGUACGAGGGUGCCGCAGGUAAUCAAUACGAUCGUAGGCAUUGGCUCCAACCUUCCAACGGCCUUUCGAGCCUUUCGAAACGCGUUCAAGGAAAAGACCGGAAUCGAAUGGAAUGACCGCAUCAAAGUGGCGAGAGAGAGGGAGCAAGCACUCAAAGCUGCGAAGAAACUGGGCAUGGCCGUCGCAGGUCCACAGACGACCGAGGAUUUUCGUUCCCAAAAAUUCCAGUACUACCCGCCCGCGUACGGCCCCAUUGGUGAA